AGAGGACGUAGCUAGCUAUAGCCUGGCUGAUACUGAUUUUCCUAUUUGGGCUUCCUGUGUAACAUCAUGUUUUCAAUUUUUCAGAACCAGUAUUUAUCAUCGUCGUGAUUAGCCAAUGGCUGCUUAGAAUCAAUAUCGCUGGUGGCGGGAAAAUCCUGUAAACAAACCACUACACGUAGUAUUUAAUGAAGUAGUUAGGAAAAUGUCGUAGCUAUGAUGAUGCACUAGCUAUAAAAAACUGAAGACAGUUUUGUCCACUCAAUUUUUAUCAAACACCAAGUAUGUAAUGGCAGUAAGCUACGAUACGCUACCAGGAUACGCAGCUACAGCCGAAGUCGAAAACAUGUCGAAGAAAGAACCUAUGGUGAUUCAAAGCCAACCUCAAAAAUUGAGUGAAGCUGAGCAGUAUCUCUUGGAUUUGGACCCUAACGCUGUGGCAGCAUGGUCAGUCCAUGAAGUGGUUCAAAACUUUCUGUCAAGAAUAGGGUUGGAUUAUUUAAGUGAACAGUUCCAAGCAAACAAAAUCAAUGGAAAAUGUCUCAUUCUCAUGCAAGAGCGUCAUUUAGUUGAGAUGGGUAUCCAGUGUCUUGGUGACAGACUGAUGCUCAUGGACUUCAUCACACUACUCAAGAAAAAGAAGAAGGAAGUAGAGAUGAGUGGAGCGCAGUGGUCUGGUGUGACCCCAGCCCCAGGGAUCGCAUACAAAGAAGACUGUGGGGAGUGCUGUGUGGCAUAUUUUUGUCCUUGUUGUCUGGCCAAGACUUACUGGAGAGUUACUGGACAAGGUAUCUUCUACAAGAAGGAGCCUCCAUGUGGGUUGUUCACUGGAUCAGUUACUACCGAAUACAUGGACUAUCGCUUCGUCAAAGACCUCGAAUUAAAACGCACCAACAAGUUUUGCUGUUGCUGUACUGCCAACGAGCUGGAGAUCUAUGCCGAUGAUCAUGACGCUGGCGGUGACCACAAAGAAGAUGGCAAACCACUUCCAUCGGCAUUCCACCCCCACACCCUCAGGCAUCCUGAAGCACCGAGAGUCGAGGAGGUUAUCAGACACGCUUGGAAUAAAUCAAGAUUAGUUGCUGAGUAAAGUAUAGUUCGCACUAGCGUCGGAAUGGAAGCGGAGUCGUAAGGGGAGCUUACGAUCUAGUGGGAACCAAUAACCGGAGUCAGAAUCGAAAGCAGAAGGGCGACAAAGUUGGAAUCGGAAGGAUCAGAAGGUUUUCUUUUUCUGCCGACUCCGAUUCUGAUUACGACGCUUAUGAUCAAGUGUGAACCGAAAAAUCGGAAUCGGAAGCUUUGAACAAUGACAGAGCUUCUUCCCAGGCCAUUCAGAGCAAAAAACAUGGCGGCCUUCUUGGUAACUAUGGGAACAACAAAGAAGCGAGCGCCGAAUCAAAGAUUACGAUUCCGCUUGCGUUGUUUUGAUUCGCACUAGAUCGUAAGCUUCUUGCACUUCUGAUUCCGAUUCAGACGCUUAUACCACGCUAGUGUGAACCAGCCUUAAAGCCACGAGGACUUAAUAUAAUCGUCUAGUUUGCAUUAUGCUCUGUCAUACGAAGGACUGCCAGAAUCUACUAGUUAACGUAAUGUAGUUUUAAGAAACAAUUUUUUAGAAUAAAUGCUUGUAGUUUAAAAAUUUUAAAAUAAUGCGCACAACUAAAACAAUAUUAGCAUAUCCAUUAGCAAUUAAACCUCGAGCCUGAAUGGGCUAUCGACUCAAGAGGCCUAAUUGUUUUAGUCAAAUUCAACCAGUCCGUCAAAUAUGUAGAUGCAAACAAGUUUUAAUUCAAAGCUAAAUGUUACGGUUUUCAAAGCCGGCACUUUUCGCUACUAGUAGGGCUAUAACUUACAGCCUAGUAGUAGCUCAUCUAAUCAGAACGCAGCAUUGAUUAUAGAGCACUAGCUAGUUGGAUUUGACUAACACCAUAUAUUGGCCACACACUAGCGACAAUAUAUUGCCUUUACGUUUCGCAGUGACAUCCCUGCGUCGUAUGAUUCCUUCGACAAAAAAGUGUGAUUUCUUUUGUAUUUUAAUGUUGGUCUCGCAUGCCAUCCACGAGACUUUUGAGAAAAGGUCCAUUCGAUGACAUGUAUGUUAAUUUGGUACUCAAUUCACUGUUAAAAGGCUUCGAUUAAAAACUUCAUCAAACCUAUAACGAA